UGGGACAACAAGAGAAGACCCAAAUCAAGCAAAGGAUAGCUUUUCUACCACCUUUUGUUUCUCAUCAUAUCCUUAAGAACCUCAUCAACCUCACCAACAUCUCUCUGUCUUUCUCUCUCUCACCAACAUCUCUCUCUCUCUCUCUCCACUUGAUCUUCACCUGAUGGGAGAAUUAUCAUUCCCUGGACAAGAAGGGGUCACGAGAUCAAUUUCAGAUACACCUCCAACUCACUACAUAUUCAAACUUCAACUAUUCUCACAACUUGUUAACAAGAAGCUAGAGAGCUACACCUCCAAUGAAUUCCAAGCUGGCGGCUGCAUAUGGAAACUGGUUCUUCACCCUAAUGGUAACAAAAACAAAGGCAUUAGCGACCACAUCUCCCUAUACUUGGUCAUUGUCGAGCCAAACUCACACGGCCCAGCUUGGGAGAUUCGAGCACUUUUCCGUCUGUUUCUGCUUGAUCAGAACAAUGACUCCUACUUAACACUUCAAGACACAGCGGAAAAUGGGAGACGGUUUCACAGGAUGAAGCUAGCAUGGGGAUUUGAUAAGUUCAUACCUCUUGAUGCCUUCAAGGAUGCUGUCAAUGGAUAUCUGGUCGACGACACAUGCGUGUUUGGGGCAGAGGUCUACGUGUGCCAAGAAAAAAUAGCUGGAAAAGGGGAGUGUUUAUCAAUGAUCAAGGACGCAAUAGCCUAUACGCAUACCUGGAGAGUCGACUUAUCUUCUAGCUUAACUGAAGAAUGCGUGUACUCUAAACCAUUCAAUGCUGGUGACCAUAAAUGGAAGAUACAACUCUAUCCUAAUGGAAAGGGCAGUGGUAUUGGCAGCUAUGUAUCUCUUUAUUUGACUUUAGCAGAACCAGCAAACUUGCCUCCAGCAUCCAAGAUAUAUGCAGAAUUUACACUACGCAUACUAGACCAACUUAAUCGCAAGCACUACUUUGGAACAUCUAAUUACUGGUUCACUGCAUCAAAUUCAACUAGCGGAUGGCCAAGAUUUAUCUCGCAAGGCUAUUUGUAUCAACCGACUGCUGGUUUGGUCGUCAAAAACAUAUGCCUAGUAGAAGCAGAAGUCAAAGUCCAUGGGGUGGCUAAUGCUUUAUGAGCGUGCAAGUUAUAUGCAAAGCAUUGUAUAAUGCAAUUUCAUAUGUCAUGCAUAUUGUUCAUCUCUGGAUAUUGAUAAUGAAACAAUUCAAUACGAUGGACCAUUUAGAAUAAAAA